CGAACAAUAGUUAUACUCGCAUAUCAAGGUUUUGUGUAAUUUUAUAACUAAAGCACGCUAUUUUUCUCGUUAACGACUACAUGAUCUGUCAAUCUGUUAUGUCUUGUACGGACUUUUAUUAGUGCCAUAAUGUACGAAUACCGGAUAACAGUGAAGACUGGUGAUCGACCGCGAGCGGGUACCGACGCCAAUGUUUAUGUCGUCCUACACGGCGACGCAAACCUGAAGACCCCUCCCACCAAACUGGAUGCAUUUUUUCAUGACGACUUCGAGCGCGGACAAACGGACGUUUUCAUCGUGAAAAAUAUCCAGUUUGAGAAAGUGUCGGUGCUGGAGAUAUGGAAGGACGACGCUGGCUGGUACACGGAAUGGAACAUUGACACGGUCAAGAUAGAAAACCUUUCGGGCGGCUGGGAUGCAGUGUUUCCAGUAUUCCGCUGGAUCAAGUCGAAUGUCCACUACAAAUUCCGACCAUAUGACACCUGCCUCCCCCAGGACGACACUUUUCCAGAACAACGCACUCGAGAACUUGAGGAGAAGCGGACAUUGUAUGAAUACUCGCAGUUGGAACCAGGAUUUCCAGUACAAGCGCUUAAAGUUCCCCCAGAUGAGGAGUUUUCAUUCAGUUACCAGUGGGACAUCACGAAGAAGAAGUUGAUUCUCAUGGGUACCAGUAAGUUGAAGACGCUGUUUCGCGGUGACUGGCAGUCGGUGGAAGACGUCGAGAGCAUCUAUGAUGAUAAAAUGUUCCCUCGCCCAUCCGACUGCACCAGGUGGCUUAGUGACGAAAAGUUUGGACGACAGCGUUUUGACGGUUUGAACAGCAUGGUCAUUCGUCUGUGUACAGAGGUGCCUCCGAAGAUGGCCGUUGAUGACAAAAUGAUGCGUCCCUUUCUACAGGGCCUAUCGCUUGAGGAGGCGAUCAAGUCAAGGCGAAUGUUUGUGAUUGAUCAUAGCAUCAUGAAUGGAGUGCCCACUCGCCCGGGGGUUUUCUCUUGUGCUCCUAUUGCGCUCUUCUUUCGACGGGAUGACGGCAAGAUUGUGCCUGUAGCGAUCCAACUGUUUCAGCACCCGGCGCCCGACAAUCCCGUGUUCUUACUGUCAGAUCCGAAAUACACAUGGAUCUUGGCAAAAAUGUGGUUUAACUGCGCGGACGCACAGAUUCAUCAGUCGAUCGCGCAUCUUGGAUUCACACAUAUCGUCAUGGAAGGCUUCAUUAUCGCUGCUCACCGUCAUCUUUCCCAGUCGCAUCCCAUAUUUAAACUGCUGGCACCGCAUUUUUUAUACCUGAUUGCCAUCAACCACCGCGCUAUAGAUAAGCUAAUGAACCCUGGCGGCCAUAUUGACAACACACUCAGCGUGGGGAGAGACGGUGGGGUCGAGUUAAUUGGCCGCCAUCGGCCAUUAUGGCGAUUGGACGUAGACGGUACCCUUCCAGCAGAUCUUAAGGCCCGCGGAGUGGAUGACCAAGAAGUAGUACCUGACUACCCUUGCCGUGAUGACGCCUUGCUCUCUUACAACGCCAUACUUUCGUACGUAACGAAGUACGUACAUCUCUACUAUGCCGCCGACGACGUGCUUAUCAAUGAUCCAGAAAUUCAGUCGUGGCGCCGCGACCUUGACCUGCCAAUGGAGGCUGGCGGCCUUGGAGUCAAAGGAGUCCCGGGAAGUGAUGGAAAGUUCACAUCACGUGAUCAGCUUGUGUCGGUUCUGACAAGCAUCAUAUACACGUGUAGUGUUGGUCACGCAUCUGUGAACUUCAAACAAUAUGACGAAUAUGGAUUUCCAAUGAAUUACCCUUCGUGGCUGAAGGGUGAUCCUCCGAAGGACAAAUCUGCAAAGACAGAAAGAGACAUUUUAAACGCAAUACAUCCACGAAAGGCUCAAAUGAAAGUGAUGUUGGUUUCAAAGAUUUUGAGUGAGCGCAGUACAAGGCCGCUUGGGGAUUUCGAGGUCGACUACGUUUACGACCCUCCUGCGGUGCAAAUACAGAAGGAAUUUCGCGAGCAGCUCAAGAAUGUCAGUGACGUCAUCAAGCGCCGAAACGAGACUAGGGAAUAUCCCUAUCCGUAUUUGGAUCCGGCGGAAAUUCCAAACUCGAUAAGCAUUUAAGAGUAAGAAAUGAUAGAAAAGGGCGCUUCUUUUUGUCACAGGAAUAUGACAAUACCCUCACAUUCUUAUAAUUUCGUAUCGUAUAUAGAUUAUAUGUUUAAAUACGCACAAUGUGUACACAAAAAUGAAACUAGCCUGACCUGCUAAUCAUGCAAUGUUCAACUUCAACACAAUGGGUCAUGCUUUAUAGUUAUAGCAAACGAUUAUGGAACAAAUAGACAUUGUGGUGUUGAUAUUAAUAUUUGUUAACUGUACAUGUUUAUUAGUAUCAAUGUAAGAUCGCACUAUAUUUCACCCGGUGAUAACCAAAAGCUAUAUUUUAAGAGUGGCAUAGCCACAAGUAGUGUAUACGAGGCGAAAUAUUAUUGCGAUGUUAGACUUGUUAUUACUACAUA